AUCCAACACAAUGCUCAAACGGUGGCUGAUAGCCAUGGCGGCCCGUGUCGGUAUCAUCGUGUUGGUCAUCUGCUGCUGUCUGUCGCUGUUCUACCUCCUGGCCUGUAAGCCGGCAGCUCGCCGCAGCCAGCAGUCUCUGCUGUGGUCUGGAGGGGCCACCACCAAGGAGGGAUACAUGGCCUUACUACAGGAGAGAGAGGACUCUCACCGACAUUACAUUAACAGCCUGACGAAGCAGAUAGCCCAGCUGAAGGAGGCUCUGCAGGAGAGGACGCAGCAGCUUCAGGACUCUUUGGAAAAGGCAAAGGCAAAAGGGAUUCUGCCUCUGGGUCUGGAGAGCCUGCACAAAACCCCAACACAAUCUGACCUUAAGGAGUUCUUCCGAUCCCAGCUGAACCAAGCUGAGGUGAACUCCGGGGUGCAGCUGCCCAGCGAAUAUGCAGUGAUUCCUUUUGACACCUUCACUCUGCGUAGGGUGUACCAGCUGGAGACCGGGCUGACCAAGCACCCUGAGGAGAGGCCAGUGAGGAAGGACCGCAGAGACGAGCUGAUCACCACCCUGGAGACGGCUCUGCAUGUCCUCAACGGACCUGAGCAACGCAGCGACACCACCAGGAGAAAGCACAUAUACUCGCCAUCAGACUUCAUAGAGGGGUUGACUCGCACAGAAAGGGACAGAGGGACCGUAUACGACUUGAUAUUUAAAGGGGAAAGCCCACAGGACUUCACACAGCUGGUGUUCUUCCGGCCCUUCGGCCCCGUGAUGAAGGUGAAGAGCGAGAGUGUGGACACGCGCACCAUGCUCAUCAACAUCAUCGUGCCUCUGUCCAGGAGGGCGGACGCAUUCAGGAACUUCAUCCGUAACUUCAGGGAAGUUUGCAUCCAGCAGGACGGCAGGGUCCAUCUCACUGUGGUCUACUUUGGUCGUGAUCAGAUAGAGCAGGUGAAAGCCAUGAUGGACCAGACCACGCGGGAGACUCGGUUCAGGGGCUUCACUCUGAUCCAGCUGAAUGAGGACUUCUCUCGUGGGCGGGGCUUGGACGUUGGCGCCCGGGCGUGGAGGCGGAGCCAGAAUGUGCUGCUCUUCUUCUGUGAUGUUGACAUCCACUUUACUUCUGACUUCCUCACAUCCUGCCGCCUCAAGGCAGAGCCCGGUAAGAAAGUGUACUACCCAGUGCUCUUCAGCCUGUACAACCCAUCUCUCAUCUACAUUAACCAGACACAUCUUCCCCCUGUUCAGCAGCAACUGGUGAUAAAGAAGGAAACUGGUUUCUGGAGAGACUUUGGGUUUGGUAUGACCUGCCAAUACAGGUCUGACUACAUCAACAUAGGUGGUUUUGACCGCAGUAUCAAAGGCUGGGGACUGGAGGACGUGCACCUGUACAGGAAGUACCUUCACAGUAAACUGAUGGUGAUCCGCUCUCCGUCUCGAGGCCUUUUCCACCUGUGGCAUGAGAAGCACUGCGCAGACGAGCUACCUCUGGACAAGUACAAGAUGUGUAUGCAGACUAAAGCCAUGAGUGAGGCCUCACAUGGCCACCUGGGAGAGCUGUUCUUCAAACAAGAGAUCGAGGCCCAUUUCAACUCCCAGAGGCAGAGAAACUGAAGUGACUAAUGAGGAUUUGCAUAAUCUCAUAUUUGCUUAUAUUAACUUAUGCCCUAGAACAUCCUAGAAAAUGUCAGACACUGUAACAAGAAGCCAAACGGUGACUUAUUCUAAGACAAUCAGGCCGUUUCUUA